AGCGUAUUAUAUUCACCGUCGCAGCAGCUGUUGUCGAAAAACAAACGAAACACUCUCUUACGCUCGCGACCGGUGCGGCGCGCGAUUUCGUGGGUACCGUCGACGGCCACCUCCAGCAGCCCAGUCAGCGCGUGACAGCGUCGAAUCGACACACGGACGAACGUGCUUAACGUCGACGAGUGUAUCGCGUGAUAUUAAUAUUCGCCGUGGUUGUUGUUGUUGUUGUCGUCGUCGUCGUUUGUAUAAAUUUGUGGCGAUUCUGUGACCGAGUUGAUCGUAGUAAACCGCACGGUUGUUCGUAAAUAAUUCAUUACAUUAUUGCCGGGAAUUAUAACACCGCCGCGGUUGCACACGUUUGGGAUAGCUUUUCGGUUUUCGAGACGCCAUGGAGUAUGAACGGGCGACACGCAUCAUCGGAAUUAUAAUAUCACGGAUCACGAUUUUGAUAAACUGAUAACGACACGGUAUCGUUGAUAACGAGAAGUUAGUUAUUAUUUUUUCGCUGAUAGCCACUAGUCACUACUCAACUACUACAACUCUCGAUUUCUAUUGCGCAAAGUCGAUACUGCUGGUACACUCAACAUGAAAUAACGUCCAGUCGCCGAACCCCUAACCGCGACCAUUUUGCGAAAAUAUCGUUUUUUUUUUUUUUUUAUUCCCCUUGGUCACGCAGUCACGAACCACACCGUCUUCGGUCACUCGAAACGGUCGUCCGACUUUUGUCGUCGACAACUUUUAAGAGGUUGCGAUUUCGCGGCGGCGGUCCGCCUGCCCAAGUGCACAUCGCUCGGUUUUAUGUUCGUAGAUCGUAGACACUAACAGUCCUGUCUUCUUCGUUGUUGUCAUAAUCGUCAUGAGUACGACAUAUUACGAUCCGGACGGUUUACAGAGCGUCAAACGCAGACGUUGCACCAACUUCCGCGACACAUAUUUGCGUAAUCGCGAGUACGGGUUCCGACCCAAGUAUGGCGAUCAAAGUCGUUUACACUGCGAAAUGUACACGUCUAUAUACCCCAUCGCCAAAUGGGAAUACGACGUUUCGAACAAUGACAUUACUAAUCCGGCUGGUAUAUUCAAUUUGGAAUUCUCCCCAGAUGGGAAAAUACUGGCAGCAGCAUGUGAAAAGAAGAGCAUUAUGUUAUUCGAUCCUGUAACUCAAAAGUAUAUAACAUCAAUAAAAAAAGCACAUAAUGAUUGUGUUAAUUGUAUAAAGUUUUUGGACUCUCGUAUGUUUGCAACUUGUAGUGAUGACACAACAAUAGCAUUAUGGGAUGUUCGAAAUCUUAAAGACAACAUAAGAGUAUUGAGAGGACAUUGCAAUUGGGUAAAAAGUAUUGAAUAUUCAGCAAAGGACAAUUUACUUGUUUCCAGUGGAUUUGAUGGGCAAAUUUACACAUGGGACAUUAAUAGUUAUUCAGAAGAAGGAAGAGUUCCUAAUAAUUCUGUAUGUCACAUUAACGGACUGAUGCGUAUUAAACUUCUACCUGACUCUAGCAAGUUAAUUGUCUGCACAACAAGUGGCUUUAUUUUACUUAUAAACAAUUUAGACUUGGAGACACUUGGUACAGAUAUUCAAGGAUUCAAACCAAAUAUGUACCGUUUGAUGCAGUUGAGUAAGACUACCAUUCCUAAUGCAGCUGCUCACACUCACAUGUUUACUCGUAAACGAAACCGUGUUGAAUUCAUUGUAGAUUUUCCUAGAAAUGAUGAUGCCGAAAUAAUAUCUUCUAUCCAGGUACAUCCACAAGGUUGGAAUGUAUUAAGUCGAAAUGUUACCACAGAUGAACAGUCUGAAUGGACAUGUGUACACGAUAUACAAGACUUUGCCGUUCCUAAACAACAAGAUGAACCAGAAGAAAUGAGUUCUGAAGAAGCAAACUCAUUGGAACAUUCCUUAGCUGAUGACCCAAUGGAAGGAAGACUUCACAGACGUACACAUGUUGUGAUUCCUCGAGACAUAAGUGUUGGCAUAAGUAGUAUGAUACCAUUUUCUGUGUUAGGCCCAACUAGAGGCAACCGUCAAGCUGACUUAUGGGAAGCAAUGAUGAAUGUCAAUAGUGGUAAUCGCAUAAGAAGUUUAAGAUACUUAUCAGCUCCUACAGCAGAAGGACGUGAGAGAAUAUUAGGCACAUAUUCUGGUGUCCGGAUUGUGCGCAGUGCAACUGGAUUACAAGAUCAAGACCAAGACGACAUAGAAGAAAUGAUAGCAGAUGAUGAUGCGUCUUCAGAACGAUUAGUCACAGUAUUAUUUAACCGGAAUAAUCGCGGACCUGAUAGAAUGCGUGGUGGUUAUCUACCCCCAAAUUCUAGAAUUGAUAUCACUCGGCCAAGUAGGCGUAGUACUGUGGAAGUAGGAACUGGCACAGACGCAGUGGUGUUUAUUAACAAUAGGCAACGUCGUAACAACUAUGUUCUAAAUUGUAUGAAUAGAUUUCAGGUGCCCCCUAAUCAUAAAAUUCACAAAAAUUUUAACCGUCUUACACAUUUUAUUGAAGAGGCUAAUGUGGGUAGAGGGUAUAUCAAAGAACUAUGUUAUUCUAGUGAUGGACGUCUAAUAUGCUCACCCUUCAGUCAUGGAGUAAGACUGUUAUCAUUUUCACCCAACUGUGAUGAAUUGUCUACUUUGCUUCCAAAACUGCCAGGUGUAAAACUUCAUGAGAUCGGUACAAAUGUGUCUCACUCUAACAUUGUACUCUGUACCAAAUUCUCGCCUGUCCACCCUCUGCUCGUAUCUGGUUGUUUAGCUGGUCGAAUCGUUUGGUACCAACCGAGACUAUAAUACUUAAUGACUCUACUGUUGUAUGUAUGUAAUGUUUUUUAUUUAUAAUAAUCUACUAUUCAAGAUUUGAAUAAUACAUUUUUUUUGUUUGUUCUAACGUUACAAUUUAAUGCCACUGUAUGUCUAGGACAUACAAAGACAACAUAUCUUCUCAUGUAUAAAUAUGUUACUUGUAUUGAAUAUUUUGACGAUUAUAUUCAUAAAGAAUGUUUAAGGUCUAGUGUACACCAAAUGAGUUAAGUUUUUUUCGUACAGAUGUAAUGAAUUAUAUUCAAAGUUAGCCACUUGUACGCAAAAGAUGUAUGCUCAAUAAGUAAGAGACUGUAUAAAAAUCAUAUAUUUUUAUCUUUCUUAUUUUUUUUUUUUUUAAAGUCAUAAUGACAACGAUGAAAUACAAUUUCUUUAUCUAGAUAAUUUUUAACUGUUUGUACAUUUUGAUACAUAAUCUUUUUUAUACCACUAGACCUUUAAAGCUAUGCAGUGACUCAUUGUAGCACAUUUCAAAUCUCAGUUCUCGGAAAACUCUCAGCAACUUGAUACAAUAAGCUUUGGUAAGCAUUUUAAUGAGUGAACCGAUUAUUUUGAAAAGUUUGAAAACACUAUAACAGAAUCAAUGCAGUUGAUAUAACUUCAACAAUAUUCGGUUAUCAUGAUAAAUGUUAUUAAUUCUCACAAUUUGUUUCUAUUACACCGUUCAUUACAAGUGGUUUAUUACCAAUGUUGAUGAACCCAUUUUAAAAGAACUAGUUGGUUAUUACAACUACAACCUACUCUGUUAUUGUUAAUAAUCUCGGGUAAGUGCAUUCUAGCUUUGUCUAAUUAUUAUAAGGUGCCUUAAAAAAUAAUUUUUGUUUUAUCUAAAUAGUAAAAUAUAAUGUUAUCGACGCUUACAACUAAGAAGUUUUUGCUAGAUUCUCUCUGUAACAUAAUAUUCUUCUGAUAAUAAUGUAUAUUAUUAUUAUUGUUUGUUUUUCAUUAUAAUUACCUCAUGUUAAUGUAUAUACGGGAUUAAAUACUAUAUCAAAAUUUAUUAUUAUAUUAUUAUUAUUAUUAUUAUUAAACAUUUGUAUUCAAAGCAAUAAAAAAAACAACAAAAAUUGUAUCAUAGUACAUACUCUAUGUAUAUAUAUAUAUAUCAUACACAUAUAUAUAACUAUAUGUAGUAAUAUAUUAAUUAUGUAAUAUUGGUUUUCGAUACUGUCUCGUGUUUACUCCUUUUCGAACACACUUACGGGCAUCACUAUUCCUCUGCACUGUCGAUUUUGAUUUUGUUUUUCCUUUUUGAAGGCUUACUAUGUUAGUUUUUUACUGACGCCAAAAUACUCCUAAUGUACCCAGAUAUAUUAUAUAAUAAAAUAAAAUGCUAUUUGUAAAGCUCGAA